CAUAUCCUGUCUGGACUGUAAGCGUGCUGUAGUGUUCAGGAUGCAGACUAUUAAGACAGUGGAAGCCCAAGUGCCAUUUCUCAAAGAGAGUUUCUUCACGCCCACUUUCAUAGACAGACGCAAAAGCAGAAUCACCAGCAUCCUGCGGAGACAACAGCACUCGGAUCACCUUUCACCACUGUCCCCUUCACAUCCGCAGCAGCAGCAGCAGUGUCCUACACAACUGCUUACACCUUCAGUUAAAAAUAAACAAGGGCAAGGCACUCCUGUGCAUCGUCUACUCAGUCGCUCCACCAGCAGCCCAUUAUGCAAUGCAGCAGAGCAUGCAGGAGCAGAUGGGGAGAAAAAGGAGGGGCAAAAAGAGAGGAAGGAUGAGAGUGUGCGAGGGAGGAGGGCAGAGAGCGGUAGUGAACCCGCAGCUGUCAGUGCCAGUCUCCUCCUCCUUUCAUCAGCAACAUCAACAGCAUGGGCAGAGGCAGCAUCACCCUCAAAGCCGGCUGGAGCAGCAGCGGGCAGACAGCAGAGAUUAGGCAGCGCUGAAAGGGUUCUGACCAGCAAGCAACCAGCAUCAGGCCUGGAGGAAGCCCGGCCUCGUACACAACAUGGCCUGAUAGCCAAGGGGGUUCAUCUUCUUAGGAACAUGGGGAACCAGGAGACAAAGCAGAAGAAUGCAGCAACAAGUAGCAGAGUGGCUGGAGAUGUCCCAGGUGACGAUGAUGCUGACGACAGGAAAGCGGACAAGAAAUGUAAGACAAGCAAGGGGGGAGAGGAAAAUGGAGCGAAGAAGAAAUCAAAGUCAGAGCCUAAGAGUUCUGUGUUUUCUGGCAUGAGACUCAAGAAGCAUUUAUCCAAGGCAAAGGGGUUGUCUAAAGAGGACAUCUUGGAAGAUGGAAGAUCUGCAGGCUUUGCCAAAGCAGGGAACAAAUCCAAUGUGGAAUUGAGUCCAUCAGCUGAUGAGGUGGGUGUGACAUCAGAUUUGGAGGGAGAUCUAAGCCAUUUGACUACAGACAGCCACCAGUCAACAAUGAACGAAACUCAGCGGAAGGUCAGCUCUGGUUCAGAUGCUGAUCUUUACAGUUUCCACUCAGCCACAGCUGAAAAUGAAGACCUGCUGUCUGACAUCCAGCAGGCCAUAAGAGAGCAAUGCACAGCCAGUGAUAGGGUUCUUCAAACAGCCAUUAGCAAUGUUUCUGAGGGCAAUAAAUCUCCGGAAAAGGUAAUACCUCAUCAGUUAAACUUGGAUAAGCCGGGGUCCUUGAGUGAGAGUGGUCCAUCUUCACCCCCAGACACAGAGAUGAGCAGUGGUAGCAUUUUCCCCAACACCAACAGCACCUAUAGCUUCCCUGAAACGAUUGCCACCAGCACCUCCUAUGAGAGUGCUGAAGAAGCUCGAGAUGACAUGGAGAGCCCAGUUUUACCCCCAACGGCGGGCAAUGAUGACAGUACUGUGCAGACCACAAGAGCAUGUAAGGAGUUUAUCUUCAAUCCUGUCGGGUCUUGUAAAAGUGAGAGCAUCACGGACCUGUCCACGGAGGAGGAGGAAGGGGACAAAGUAAGAUGGGACAGAAAGAGCAGCUUGUCCACUAAUCAGCUCACAGAAAGCCCCUCGAAUUAUUUUCCAAGGCGUGGAUCCUCCAGCAACUCUACUGUCAAACUCUACCCUCCAGUCCACCCAUCAUAUAUCAAGACUACCACCAGGCAACUGACUUCUCCAAUUGGGUCUCCCUUCACCAGCCCCAAUGUAGCCAGGAAAACUGAUUACUUUAGUGAUUCACUUGGAUCCAGUAGGAUCAUGGGAUUUAGGCAGCGCAAGCAGAGGUCUUGCUCCAUUGGAGGGCCCAUCAGUGACUCUGCAGACUGGUCCAAAGAGCUGGAUGAGUUCAGGGCCACUCACAGAUGUGAAGCCAACUGUCAGCAGCAGGAGACACCAGAAAAGGGUCAUACAAGUGGGACGUACUGGACACUCGGAUCUAGAAGAGCAUAUUAUGGACGCCGAGUCUCAAGUGCUGCACCCCCGUACCUGGAUGUCUUCUCUGGUUGCACUCUGCUGGAGAGGAUUUGCAUUCAGCAGGGAAACAUGUCGACAGAAGACGAGGCAAAAGAAUUUUGUCACCGAAUGUUGGCUGUAGGUCUGUUGCAGCCCUUCAGCGAAGGAGAUUUCAAAGACAGCUGCAUUUCUCCAACCACACCAGUGUUUAAUGCGGAGCAGCUCUAUACAUGGACGUCUUUAGGCCUGCCAGUGUCUUCCUACCUGUGGGAACUCUACGGGGGACGAACACCUGUCAAAGUUCAGCUUUGCAGAUCUCCGUUGAACCAGCCAUCAUUUAAGACUCCAGGAACUCUGCGAUGUCAGACAGAAUUCAGCGGGGUGAAAUCAGGGCAGAUGUCCUCAGAUGAUGGUUGUCUGGUACCUCAGCUGGAGAGGACCAUCGACAACCUGAAGAUGAAGAUUGCUACGCUGCAGAGCCAGGAGGCAUCCUCGGGAAAAAGCAGCAGGGACCAGGCUGGAGCUGUGAUCACUGCCAACCACAAAGCCUCGCAGGUUAGCCUGGAAAGGACGAAGCGGGAUAUAUCAGUCCAGACGUCACCUGUGAAGGACGGGAUUACGUUUGAUGUGCAAUCUGGUGGUCAUGCAGGCAGAGUGCCAUCUUGUCCCACACUUUCAGCCAUCAUGUCCAGACCCACAGAGUACUGCGUGUGCUCAUGCCAGCAGAGUGGUGUCCAUCCAGUUCCUCCACAACCACAGCCACCACCUCUCCUUCAGAUCUCUGUGGGUGUACCUCCUCCACCGCCACCACCACUGCCAACUUUAUCUGAAGUACGAUUCAGUCCACCCCCGCCACCUCCACCUCCCCCAUUGCCUGAUUUCAAACCUCUACCCCCACCACCUCCACCUCCCCCAAUGCCUGGUUUAGGACCUCCACCACCACCUCCUCCUCCACCUCCAGGUAUGGGCCCACCACCUCCACCCCCUCUAACUAGACUGGGUUUUCCUCCUCCACCUCAACCACCAGCAUUUGGGGCCCCGCCACUGCCCCCAGGCCCCUUGCCCUCUAUGAUGGUGCAGGAAGCUGUUCCUGCCAAAGCUGUGAUGGAGCCCCCAAAGCCAAUGAAGCCACUCUACUGGACACGCAUCCAGCUGCAUGCAAAAAAGCACACCGGCUCACUGGUGUGGGAAAAAAUUGAAGAACCAAGUGUGGAUUUUGAAGAAUUUGUGGAGCUCUUUUCCAAAACUGCUGUCAAAGAGAAGAAAAAACCCAUUUCUGACACAAUAAGCAAGUCCAAAGUCAAGCAGGUGGUGAAACUUUUGAGCAACAAGCGAUCACAGGCGGUGGGGAUUCUAAUGUCCAGCAUUCAUCUUGAUAUGAAGGACAUCCAGAAUGCGGUCCUAAAUAUGGACAACACAAUUGUUGAUCUGGAGACUCUACAAGCUCUUUAUGAAAAUAGAGCUCAAGAGGAUGAGUUGCACAGCAUUAGAAAGCAUGUGAAGUCAGCAGGAGAGAAAGAGGAUGUCAAACCGCUGGACAAACCUGAACAGUUUCUAUUCCAGUUAUCGCAAAUCCCCAACUUCUCUGAACGGGUGUUCUGCAUCCUGUUUCAGUCAGCAUUCCAUGAAUGCAUCUCCUCAAUCCACCGUAAAAUCGAAAUCCUUCAGACAGUGUGCAAGACUCUGCAGAGCGGUAAGUGUGUAAUGCAGGUGCUCAGCCUGGUGUUGGCUUUUGGCAACUUUAUGAAUGGAGGCAAUCGGUCUCGAGGGCAGGCCGAUGGCUUCACCUUGGACAUUCUGCCAAAGCUCAAGGACGUUAAGAGCAGUGAUAACUCCCACAGUCUGUUGUCCUACGUUGUUGCUUACUAUCUAAGGCACUUUGAUGAGGAUGGGGGAAGAGAGUCCUGUGUCUAUUCUUUGCCUGAGCCCCACGACCUUUUUCAAGCAUCCCAGAUGAAGUUUGAGGACUUUCAGAAAGACCUCCACAAGCUGAAGAAAGACCUCAACGCAUGCUCAGCUGAGAUGGUGAAAGUUUGCAAGUUGUCCUCAGAAAAGAACUUGCAACCCUUUAAGGACAAGAUGGAUGAAUUUAUUUGCCAAGCUAAAACUGAACUGGAAACACAAGAGAAGCAGCUGGCAGAAACUCAGAAAAUGUUUUUUGAGCUGAGUGUGGCCUUUUCCGUUAAACCCAAAGCAGGUGAGAAAGAUGUUUCUCUCAACACUUUCUUCUCCAUUUGGCACGAGUUUUCCACGGAUUUUAAAGACCAAUGGAAGAAGCAGAACAAGCUGAUUUUACAGCAACGGGUCAAAAAGGCAGAGGAGUCCUACAAGCAGGCUAAGGAGAAGGCCCCCUUCACUGUCACUCCCAAACACGCAGCUGGAAUUAAAGCCAAGCUGAGUCAGAAGAUAUGAGUGAAACAUUGGAAAAACUAUCAUGGAGCCUGUUGCACAAGCGUCGUUUGUACAAUCUGACAUGACUUAUCUUCUGUUUUGUUUUUAACAUUUCUUUCUUUCUGGAAUAUUUGCAGUCAGAUGAUUUUACACAUUAUUUUGAGGGAGCCCAAAGUGGUUGAACUCUGCUUUCUUUAAAAAUGUAAAGAUGUAUGUAUUCACAGGAAGAAUCUGAAUGUACUUUCUAAAAUUAAAUUAAAUAGACCAAAAGAUGUCCUAAAACUGAGGUGAUGUGGUUGAACAUGCACAUCUUUAUCCCCCACUUAAAGGAUACAGCCUUCGCUCACUUGCACUACCAGGAUGUUAACUCUAAUGGACAAACCUCACCAAACAGGACGUCAUCCCAAUCAUCGAAGAUAAUUGAAUCUAAUCGUAACCUUAAUUUAAUCACGACUUUAUCAUAUAACCUAAAAACAGCAUUCUUCUCAAAAAAUAAAAAAAAACAAACCUCACAAACAUACAAAAAAAAAAAAAAAA